AUGGGAAUCGACGAAAAUCAUUUCGAACUGCGUGCCUCAGAAGCGAUUGUAUUCAAGUUCACGAACUUGGUCUGCGAGGCGGCCAACAAGUCCCUGGUGGAGUUUCACAGUUGCCGUCUCAAGGCAGUGGCCAGGGGCAGGGCGAUAAUGAACAUCAACAGUACCGUCCACUAUCCGGUGGACAAGCUGUUCCUCAGGCUGGAGAUGCUGCGAAAGGCCAAUGGCUAUCAGCCCUGGCUUUUCAACGUCACCAUAGAUGCCUGUCGCUAUCUGCGCAAGCCCUACAAUCCCUUCGUGGCCCUGGUCUAUGCCAGCUUCAAAGAGUUCUCCAACAUCAAUCACAGCUGUCCCUAUUAUGGUUCUGUGAAUGUCAACGGCUUUUAUCCCAGACCGGAAGUAUUUCGCAUUCCUUUGCCAACUGGAGACUAUUUGCUGAACUUUAAUUUCUUCUAUGACAUGAAACCGCAGGUUAUUAUCAAGGCCUACAUGAGGUUUGAGGAGGAAUUGUAG